UCUCUUAUUUGAGCUCAAUGUGCGACCGACGCCCGCUCUUAUAAGUAGGCACUAGGUGUGCGCGCGCCGCACUUACCUAGUAGGUCUUGAGAAAAACGACGCCGGUACAAACAUGAAGCUGCUCAUCGCCGUCCUCCUCGUCGCCUGUGCGUUCCAGGCCGGCGCUGUCCCCCGUGACAGGCGUAGCAUCGCCAGCGCGCUCCGCUCCGGCGUGAACGCGGCGCGCACCGCGGCCCAGGCCGGCCUCAACGCGACGGCCGCCGCGGCCGACCUCCUCGGGGCCGCGGCGCGCGGCGGCGUCGCCAUCGGCGAGAAGGCCACCAACACCGGCCUGUCCCUGGGCAAGAAGGCCGUGGCCACGGGAGUGUCUGCCGCGACCGGCGCCGUCAAACUCGUCGAGGGUGCGGCUGACCGUGCCCUCGACGCCUCUCAGAACGCCGUCGACAAGACGGCGACGGCCGCCCGCGAUGGCAUCGACGCCGUGCAGCAGGCCGCCAACAAGAUCCACCUCGACACGGUAGCCCGCCUGGCAGCCACGGCGGCCCGCGCCGGCGUCAGCGCCGUGGAGGGUGUCGCCGAUAAGGGCAUCGCACUCGGACAGAUCGGGACCGACGUCAACGCCGGCCUCGCCAACGUGGCCAUCAACUCCGUCGACAAGGUUGCAAACCUCGGCAUCAACACCGCACAGAACGCCACCAACGCCGCCUUCGACCUCGCCCGCACCGGGGUGGCGGCCGGAGAGUCCGCCGUCGCUAUUGGCCGCAGCGCUGGACUCAACGCCACCAACCUCGCCGCUGACGCCGCUAUCAAAGCCAUCAACGUCGUCGGUUGAUCGCGUCCGUGUCCCUUGCACUUGAUUGAAAUGCUACCGUGUGAUGGCAAAAAAACAGAGUACAAAUAAAGACCUGGGUAUCAGUCUCUUA